AUGUCGGCGGAUGAGUUGUGCCGCGCCCUGCGGGCGGAUGUGGCGACCCUGCACUUGCUGGUUGUGGGGCAGCUGCGGGACUGCGACAGGGACGCGCGUCACGUGUUCGACGACAUGGAGCGCCGUGUGACGAGCAGCACAAGCGUAUUCUCCACUAGUGAGGCAGACAGCGUGCUGGAAUGCAUCUUAUCAGCUGGCGAGGGCAGCUUGCUGCGCUUUGUGCACGAUCGCUGCGAGAAGCUGCGGGUUGCCGGAGCGGACGCAUGGGGCGCAGGCGUCCUGAAGAGGGCGAUGACGUUUCUCAAAUUUGUGGUGGCCUCCUUUUGCGAAAGCCUCGCCCCGCUGCAGCUGGCAGAGGUGCAGCGCACCGCGUGGCACACCUUCAUGCUGCUGCACCACCUCAGCAAGCACACGGAGACACAGGCGGAGUGCUUGAGUGUCAUGGUGGCUCUGUUGCAACACUGCGGCCACUGCACCGCCACCGUGCAGAUGGAUGUUGCCAAAGUGGUGGACGUGUGCGUGCCUAUUGCCGAACGGAGGGCCAAGUCGGGGAUGCGGCUGAAGAGCAAUGCGCUGCGGCUCCUUGGCUGCGUGUGUGCGGUGUACACCGCGGCGAUGUCGUCGCACGCUGCGCGUGUUCUCGACGCGAUGGUGCAUGUCGGUCAGCAGCUCGCCGCGACGGAGGUGGUUGAGCAGUUGGUUGGGGAGGGUCUUCUUCUCGCAUUUGCCGACUACACGGGGGGAUUUCCGCUUAUGUUUAAUGGACCUGAUCGUGACACCUUGCGGCUUAUGCACUGCCUUACUAGGAAGGCCAUGGGGCUUGCAGAGGCCUGUCAAAACUACCGCUUUUGCAAGGCAGCUCUUGCGCUGCUGGGCAGGCGGGCGGGGAUGCUGAAGGAAUGCCUCAUAGAAGAUAUGGAGAGUUGUUUUGCGGCGUUGAAGCGGCUAUGGUGCCACAGAAACGUCGAGGUUCGACGGGCAACAUAUGAUGCGACUGCAGGUUUUUUUCAGGCACUGGCGCUCCUGCGGAGCGAUGAGGACCAGCGACAUGACCCGGCUGCACGGCUGCGCUCAAUGCUUCAGGACGUGGAGGCCACACUUCAGAACAACCACCAACGACGGAGAGAUCUCUCGUUUGCCAUCAUGGCUAUUGGGUACAUGGCGAGGCCAUUGACAGUCUGCUUUGGCCUGGACUACCUCGCCGUGACGUUUCGUGAAAUGGUGAACAAGUGCGAGGUGCUGUUGACGCUGGCGAGUGGGCCUGUGGAGGAUGUGGUGCAGUUGCUGCCGUACAUUCUAACGGCGUUGGCCUCGAUGCUGCUGGAGCUGCCGCCCAUGGGACCAGAGCUACCGCAGCUCCUGAAUGUCACUCUGUACACAACCCUUUUCCUCUAUCCCCAGGAUGCAUGCUUUGAACAUGUCCGAUCCACGCUUGGACCCGCGUUGCUAAAGCUUCUCGCGGUGAUCUCGCAGCGCCACAGAGUGGAAUUCGGCGUUGGCCCCGUGGCGCGGCAGUUGCUUGCUCUGGCGUGUUCUCCCAUGCUUUUCUGGGAUCCUCAAACAGGACCUUCCGUGGAAGCGGAGAAUGUUGCCGUGCAGCAGCGCUACAUUCGACUCUGGGGUUCCCUGCAGUCGAACAGGGUCAGCGUGGUGGACUGGGGAUUUCCAUGGAGCCAGUCUCUCACCGACGCCACGCUGAACUUGCUGCGGCUGGCACUGCGUCGCGAGCUGGUGUUGGCUGAGCGGGAGAUGUUGCAGCAGUUGGAUCUUUUGCGCUUGCGCGGUGAGGCGCAGGCGGGGGAUGGUUGCGACUUGAACGUUUACAGUCUCCUUGUGCGAGAGCGGGGGCACCCGCGGUCUUGCAACGAGGACUACCACAUUGCGUUUCCCCGUUUUGUCGCGUUUUUUACGGGCUCCCUUGACGCGACCUUCAGCCACGUGUUUGGCGCGGAGGAGGUGACCAUAAGUCUCAUUGAGGGGCUUGUGUUGUUUACCACGCGCUGCGCCCACCUCGCCGAUGGCUACAGCUGCCUUCACGCUUUGAUGCGGGUGGGACGGCAAAAGGGUCUUUCAUUGCGUCACGCGGAUAUCUUUCUGCGCCCGUUCAGUAGGGCAUGCCUUCAUCGCUUACCGGUCCUCACAGGGGAGGUGCAGCUUCAGUGUGCCCGGUACCUGCUCAGCGUGAGUCACCUGGGACUGCUGGAGACUGCACAGCUGCUGGACCCCAUAGAGGUGGUGCUUCGCCGCGCUGGCGACCGCGUCGCCGUGGCAGACGCACUGGAUGUGCUCGAGUGUUGUCUUGAGAAGGACUGCACGCUCGUGAUGCCGCCAUUUUGCCGCCUUUUGCGUCAUUGCAGUAGGUUGAACCUGGCUUUUGGUCAGUUGCACGCUGUGCUGGCUCGCCACAUGUCGCAACUGACGGACGACGUGCAGUGUGGCCUUAAGGUUUGCCUCGCGGUGGAGGGUUCCCGUGACACGUUUCUAGCGUUGCCGGACUCCCACUGGCACACGAGUGGCGCGCAACUUCCGCUGCCGCUGGCAGAUACAACGCUGUGUGUGUCGUUGGACGUACUUCUUCCGCACGUCACGGUGCUUUCCUCUCAGGCGGAGGAUCCUCAGGUACGCCGCGCGGCUUGUGAUAUUAUCCACGCCGCAGUGGGUUGGUGCAUUCACAAUGGCAUCGAGGAGUUGUACAGUGCGCUGUUCGACACCGUCGUUGCGCUGGCGGCAGCAACGGUGACUGACACAGUCGUCCGGGAGAUGUUUGCCGCCCUGCUGCGUCACUGCACCCGGUGGUUUGCCCAGCGGGAUGGUCGCGGAGCAAAGGAGAUGGAGCGUGCCUUGUGUCGGGGUGCGACGGCAACGCAUGAUACGUCAGUGCGACGUCUCGCAACUGAGACACUGGUGGCGUACGUGCAGUGGAGCCUAAACUGCAGCUCGCAGCUGCAGCCUCUGCAGGGGAAAGAUGCGGAUGAAAGUCAAGUGGGCCGUGUGCUGCACUGGACGUGUGUGACACUUCGCGAAGCUUCUGUGUGGUGUCGUCUCGGUGCGGCUGAUGUGCUGGGUCGCCUGUUGCGCGUGCUGCGCGAUGAGAGAGGGGCGAUGCAGUUUGUCAUCCCCUUUGCUCGGGCGCUGCUGGACGCCUUUGCCUUUCUCCGCGUGAAUGCAGAAGAGGAAGAGGAGGAGGAUGAAACAGCAGCAGCUGCUGCAGAGGCGGGUGAGGAAGGGAAGACUGCGGUGACGCUGGCGGGGAAGCUAUGCUGCUGUGUCAGGCUCCUUGAGCUACUUAUUGCGGCAAACCACGAGCUGCCUCUGCGCGUAUGGCGAGACUGGCUUCUCGCGGGGGACGGCGAAGCAGUCCUGCGGGAUAUUCUGCUGCAUGCCUACCGUGAGGGUCGGAACACCACCAGCGCCGCCGCCCUGCUGCGGCUGUUUGCCGCCAUGUCUCGCUGCAUGCCGGGCGAUGCGGCGGGGGACUAUGAGCCUCGUCGGUGGUUGUUGACGCACCACUCGAUUCUGUGCGAGUUUGGUCGACGGGAACCAAGUCCCGGGCGGCGUGUCGAGUGUGGCCUGCAGAUGUAUGCUCUGCUCGUGUCAAGCGCACUUUGGCCGCUGCCCUCGCUGAAGCGGAUGCGGGACGGAGACGCCGCCUCGGAUUUGGAGACGUCAAAGUAUCUUUCUUGUGUGCUUGACGACUUGGGCUGCUACCUUGCAGAGCUACGCGGUGUCCGUAGUGACGCAGCUGAUAAUACUGUUCGUGACAAUGACAACUGGUGCACCUCCGCCCGUGCCCUUUUCAUCGCGCGGCAUCUGGUGCUCGUGCUACGCGGAGACGCAGGCACCGUGACAGGUGCGCUGGCGUUGAAUAAGUCGCUGCAGCAGUUUGCGGUGCAUCUCCUGCUGGCUCCCGCAUCGCUUGGCAUCUUACCAGGCCUCUCUGACAGGGAGCAACGGCGCUGUGGACGGGACCUUGUUGCGGCGCUCGCUGCCUUGCUGCAGGCACACGAGGGCCACUGCCGCGCCUUGGUUGAUCGCCUUCGCGGCGACGUUUUUGCUGUACUUCGGUUAACGACGCAGCCCACGUUGCUCAAGUUUUUCCUUUCCGACCCGCACGCGGCCGUGCACCAGCUGCGUUGCAUCGUUGCCCUGGCGGAGGUGGGGCUGUGGGCGGAGGUGCUCGGGCCGCCGUCAUCGUCGCAUCUCGUUUUGCGGCGUCUUCUUGCCGAUCUCGCGGAGGCUGCGCGUGAUGAGUUUGUGAUCAGCAGCCAACGUGGCAUUCUACUCUGUCACACGCUGCUGUUGCUGCUGUUGCCGCUGAUGCCACCGCCACCUGUCGACGACGCCGCGAUGGGGCAGGAUGGUGAGAGGCUCUCCGCCGGUGUAACGAAUGGGAUUGGGCUGUGUGCGGUCCUCGCGGCGCUCCAGCAGGGAGAGGGGGACGAUGCUUGUGGCGCCGAGUCGGUGGGCUCCGGUUUUCUUGCAGCCAUCCUGCGUGGGGACUGGCGGGAGGCGGACAAGAACAGUCCAACGUUUUGCUGCCUCCUGACACAACUGUGCCAGCUGUGCGGGGAGCUCUUGCGAGAUGGAGGCGAGGCGUCACUGCAGAGUGCCCCCUUCGUGGCUCUCUGCGGUUUGCUGCAGGAUGUUCAACAUGGGCCCACACCGACCGCGGACACGUGGGCGUUGAUCAUGCGGCAUGGUGUUGAUGUACUGAUGCGGCUUGUGCGUGGGGCCUCUCCAGCGGUGCUGCUGUUUUUUUUGGGGUUGCACCGCUGUUGCCUGCGGUUGGGCGGCAGCCGCGUUCUCGCUGUCUACGAAGAUGUCAUUCUCGCGGACGUUAGGGAGGCGCUGGACGAUGCGCGGUGGACGUUGCGUUCGCACGCCUUACUGACAAGUCGCGUGGCGGUGCAACUGUUUGUGCAAGGCGUCGGCGUCCUCUGUGACGCGGUCAGCGUGGCGAGGGUGGGCGGUGCGUGGCCCACGCAGCAGUACGUUGUCCUCGCCCAGUGGCUGCUGCCUCGUGUGGUGAACGACGAGCUGCCGCUUGACUGGCGGGAACUCGCGGGCGGCGGCGUCAACGGCGUUCACUACACUCUUGUGGUAAACGCCGUGAUCCGCCUUGCCACGUGCACCGCCACGUUGGAUGCGGGCCUGUUGCUGCCGCUGAUUCCGUUGCUCCAUCAAACCGAGAUGCCGCGGUACAAUGCACUGGCCACGGCGGUCGCGGCGGUGCUGCGACAGUUGCCAUCGAAGGCCCUCGUGGGGUUGUGCCACCAGGCGCAGGCGAUGCAGCGCCAGGGCUGUGGUCUGCCGUGGGCGGCGUGGUGGGGCCUGACACACCGCCUCCUCCUGCCGAGUUUGCACCGCCUUGUGCCGGCGCAGCGUGGCAGCUUCUUGCUUCAGCACGUCGUAAGACUUGUGGCGGAGGCAGGCGCUCCCCCAGAUUCGACGGCGACGCUGCAACAACAAACACGGGCGCUGUUGAUGCUAGAGGCGGUGUUUCUUGCGACGGCCGAGCCUGUUCUGCGCGGCCCUUUUAACGUCGCCUUCACAGGGAAGCGUGAGGGCAAUACCGGAAGGGAACUUAUCCUUGCGCUCAUUAAAACCUGCUGUGCGGCACGUGCUUUUGUGCCCCCUGUCUCGCCAUCGCCCGAUGCAUUUUAUGAGGCGCUGACGUACCGGCAGUCGGCCCAUCGCUGCCUUGCGGCCAUCCUCACCGCCACGCAGGACCAAGAGCCGGUCUUCACGCGGCUUCUGCUUCACUCCUCUUCGGGCGGUGAGUUGUGGAACCACAUUGUGGAUACGUCUCGCAAACAUUUUUUCCACGUGGAGGCGCAGUUUCCACAUAUGGCGGAGUCCAUGGCGAAGGACUGCAGCGAUUGGGAGAUGCGUCGAUGUGCAGUGCCACUCCAGCGGCCCGCCAGGAGCGGCCUGCAGGUCCUGCGACAACCGUCGGACGGUGAACUGCGCCGCGUGCGUGCCGUGGCCAGCGUGGUUGACCACACACUUGUUACGGCACACCAGCCACGGCUUAACCACGCCCGCGUCACGCAUGAUGACAGCGAAGAUGCAACGCACGACGGAAACAGCGAGGCAAAGGAGACGACGCCUCCCAGAGUGAGGUUGGACGGUGUAUGGAUUAGCACCUGCUCUGGUGCUCUCCUCCGCGUCAUGGACUUUUUAUUGUCAAGGUUUGCCGUGAACCCCGCGCAGGGAUGGGUCAAGGCGACGAUCGCAUGCUUGUCCUCCACGACUGUGCAUGUCAAUGCGAGGUUGGCGCUGGCUCGUCUUGUUCAGUUGCGGGCUUCGCUCUUUGCGCCAGCGGCAAAUGCCUUCCGUGACGCGGUGGUGUCGCUGGUAUGCGUGGAGGAGGUGGGGGAAGGCGGAGUGCAUUAUGUGGCGCGUGACUUGCUUGAACUGCUGCUCCACUGGGGCGAGACGGGGGCCAUGAAGUUUACUGCUGACGCUGCACAUACGCUGAUGGAAUUUCUUCUUCGCUCCGCACCACACCCCAGUGAGGCGGUGAUGCAGCGCAACUUGGACCUCGCCCGGCGACUUUUGUCCCUCGCAAAGCCAAUACCUCCUCUGCGUGACGCGGAGCUGCUGCGUGUACUUCGGGGAGAAGUUCUGGCUGCCAGGUUUGGCUUGCAGCUGUGUGGCCUCCUUGUUGAGAGCGGGGUGUUGCUGGCCUCCCUGGCGCCAGCGCCCCCGGUGGAGCUUUACCACGCCUUGAUGUCCUACUUUCGGAAGAAUAAAACAGUGAACGCAGGUGACGAGAAGGACGUGCUGACGGCUGCGGAGGUGGUUGGAAAAGAGCUCUGCGGGCUGCGGGAUCUCGCCGCGACGGCUGCGCUGCUGUGUGGCGCGGUGCAAGAUGCGUUGCUCUGCCUCUGGUCCCACAGCCCGGGAGCGGCGCUGCGGGCAUUGCGUGCGGUUGCGCAGCACGAUGCCGGUGUUCUUGCGGGGAUUCCGCUUGCCACACUCCUUGCAAAUUUCAUGAGCCGCGACGCCGCCGAGCAGGUGAUGACGCUUCACCUGCUUCGAUGGAUCCCUACACGUGCCGUGGAGACGUAUGCGAGGCUGCAGGAUCUUUUUUCUGCUCACUGCUAUGCUCUUCAUGGUUUGGUGCGUGCUGAACUGUACCACAUGCUUGUGGAACUGCUCCCGCUCCUCGCCGCCCCGGCGCGGGCGAGUCUCGUGGACGUCUUCUUGUCACCAGAUGCCAUGCGGCUGAUGCGUGGGUGCGAGCAGACAAGUAUGGCCUUUUUCAGUCUGGUCGUGGGCAUGUACGCGGUGACGCCGUCGUCGGUUCUGCUGUCGAGGGUGAUGGAGGGGCUGAAUGAUCCGUCGCCGUCGGUGCGGCGCGUAACGCUUGCGUUCCUUGACGCCCACAUGCUCCCUCGCGACUCGUACAUGUCUCGCCUGGCGACUCUAAAGGACGUCUUCACCCUGCAGGAGAUGCAACGUGAGGCGUGGCUGCAGCAUACCGCCGUGCUGAUGCUUUUGCUUUGCCCUGCCGCAGAGGACCUCGUCGCCACGCCCGCAUCCUCUUCCACCUCAAGGCUGCACCUCCUGAAGGAGGUGCGCAGCGCAGACGGCGUGUCGCAUGAUUUGUGCCCGUGCGUCUCAUGCGGGGGUUUUCUCCGGGGUUUGUGCGACAGCAAUGAGCCAAUUUCCUCGAGCGGCCGAGCGGAGGGGGAGGAAUGGCAAGAGGCUGCGCACGCACGAGCCUCAUUGGAUUGCUUUGCCGACAACAUCGUGGGAUGUGCAGUUCCACCGGAGUCCUUCGUCGCCCCACUUCAAGUGCUGUGCCUGCAUGACGUGGACACGGCGUGGUGUUGUUUGGAACCCAUUAAGGAAGCCAUCCCCAUUUAA